AUGGAUAGGAAGCGACUAUGCGUGGAGGUGGUCGGCGCUCGCAAUCUCGAGAGUCCUCAGUCCGUGGACGCCUACUGCGUGGUGGGGCUGUGUGACAUCAAGCCCAGGAAGGCGCUCGGGCGCCCGCGCCUUGCCGCAUCGCCUAGUUUCCGCUCGUCGACUGUGACAGCUUCUAACAACCCCACUUGGGGUCAUGUGGUCGAGUUCGUGGUGCCUGCUCGUCCUGCGAGCGCGCGACUGAGAGUGCAGCUCUUCAGUGAGAAAAAUUUCUUCUUUGACAUGUUCCCAUCGAGUAGCAAUUCGUCCGAUGAGGAAGGAGAGAAACUGAGGGAUCAAACGGACUACACAGCAAAGGAACAGUGGAGGAGCGCAGUGUCCAAGCCACAGAUCUUUGUCAAUGGAGGCAAAGGGAUAUAUGACAGCGACAGUGAUGAUGUCGUGACGCUUUCGGAGGAGGAAGAUGAGGAUGACGACCAGGUUAUUGAUGAGGACGAUGUCUGGCCGGUAAUUGAAAAGGAGGCACUUGCUGCAACAGAAAGUAUUGACGACGAGCUAUUGGGUGUUGUGGAGAUCAACUCGAGCUUGUUGUGUAAGCCAUCGAGAGUUGUAACCGACUCAUGGUACUGUCUCGGCGGCACGAGGACAGGUGAGGUGCGGAUUCGCACCAUUUGGUAUGAAGGAGCGAAACGAGUUCUAACGGUACAGGAUCGAGAGGUGCUGUUUGAGGAGCAAGUGAAACAUUCGAUGACGAAGUCCAUGAGCGAUUUCUACGGGUUUAACAUAUCUGAAACAGCUCGAGAGGAGUGGGUACACUUGCGUUCCUAUCAGGAUUGUCGCGAGGAGAGACGUGUCGAGGACUGGACAAAAUUAUAUGGCACUCAAUUCCCAGAGCGGCUACGACGCUGCUCGUAUAAGGAGAAAGAUACAGAGGAGAAGACGCUUCUUAUGCAGCUCGCUCGGGCUGGAAUCCCGCGUCACUUGCGAGAACGUGCGUAUUUUAAUCUUUCUGGAGCGAGUGAGAAGCAGGCUAAUGCAGGACCGAACUAUUACGCAGAGUUGGUGAAGAAAGCCGAGACGAUGGAAACGGAGACGUUCCGCCAAAUUGAGCUGGAUAUUGACCGCACGUUUGGACACUCGGGAACGACGAUAUGUUCCGUGUCAGGACGUGAUCAGCUGCGACGCAUACUUCGAGCCUACUCUCUCCGCAACCCGUCCGUUGGUUAUUGCCAAGGACUGAACUUUAUUGUGGCGUUUCUGAUGCUGAUGGCGGAUGAAGAAGUUAUUUUCUGGCUUUUGAGCGUCUUCUGCGAAGAUUUAUACCCUGGCUAUUAUUCUCCAGCGAUGAGUGAUAUCCAGAGAGAUAUGUUGGUGCUGAAGCAGUUGAUCGCUGAGGAACUUCCUCAACUGGAUGAGUUCGCGGCGGAGGUUGGCCUACCGUUAGAGCUGCUGGGCUCGCAGUGGUUACUAUGUUUGUUCACGAUGACGUUCCCGAGCGAGACAGUAUUCCGUAUUUUUGACUGCAUCUUUACGGAGGGCUCAGCUUUCGUGUUCCCUGUCAUUAUGGCGCAUUUGAGGCGGAUGGAACCGAUAUUACUGGAUCUUGUGGAGUUCCACGACGUGCUGUCUUCAAUCAAAGACGCGGAGAGUGCUUGCAUCGAUAGCGAUCUGUUUAUGACAGCAGUAUGCAAAGAAGCCGAAAGUAUCACGGCCUCUCGAGUUCAGAAGCUUCGGGAACAGCAAUGUGGAUCUGUACGCAGCGAAAUGGAGCGAGCUGAACGUGCUCGUGCGUUUAACCAGCAACUUGCUGUCGUCUACCAGAUUCCUGCAUUCUCUACUUAUGCUGCGGGGCUGCUUCGCUUUUUCCAUGAGGAAGCAGAAGGAUCCUCACGCUCGGAUGUGGCCUUCGUAUUGACGAUGCUCUGCCAUGGACUCGUGUGGCUUGCAGAGCACUCUAAGCGAUGGAGCUAA